GAGUGAAGCCAUUGUCUCCCUCAGCGAGAGGCUGUUUGCUGAAGCGAUGGCUGUGCCAGGGGCACAAGAGGAAGACGACGAUGACGAAAGGGGGGGUAGAUCGAAGUCCAAGAAAAAAGCUAUGGCGGUUAGUUCCUCUCAGGCUGCUGCUGAGGCUCUUCAUCUCCUCGGAGCCAUGAAGCAAUUGCUGCCGUUGAUGUCAGCCAAGGCGAUUGCGCGGGCAAGCCAUCGGAUGGCCAACCUCUGCUCGCUCCAACAGCCAAUGCUGACCAGACUAGUGGCCAAUGCCAUCAAGAGCUUAUCUGAUGAGGUGGCGGGAAAAACGAGCUUAUCCGAUGACGUGGCUGGAAAGGGAAAGAGCGAGGUGGUGCCAGAUGUAUUGGCAGAGACAGUUGUCAAUAUCUUAGAGUUGGAGGAGGAAGGGAGGAUUGGUCGCAAAAGGGAUCCCGACGUGAUAAUGACCAUUCUGGAAAUGGUGAAAAGCACAUUCCUGGAUCUGCAUGAUCGGGAUCGCGCAGUUUGCUCCAAGAAACUUCCGCAAGUCUUCAAUCUUCUAGCUGGUAACUUGGCCUCUGAGCAGGAGGAGGUUGUUUUUGGCACGGCCGACUGUUUGAAGUUGCUGAUUGUAUGCUGCAUCGAUGAUGAAAUGAUUAACGAAGGCCAGAUGCAAGUGGGACUGGUUGCGGAGAGGAGGAAGGGUGGGCUCACACCGAUCGAGCGCCUCUCUGUUAUGGUUGAGGGCUUGCUUGGGUAUCAGUAUGCCAGUGCGUGGGAAACCACCCUUGUGGUGGUUUCGACCUUCCUGGAAAAACUAGCCAUCGGAACCGCCGUCGCCGCCAUGGGACCGGAACAGUUUCUCAAGAUUCUGCCCUUAGAGAUGGAUAACCAAGAUUUAUCGCAUUCGCGUGCUUGGCUAUUGCCUAUCAUGAAGCAGCAUGUGGUUGGUGCUCGGUUGCAAUUCUUCGCAGAAUACUUCCUCCCACUCUCUGCGAAGCUCAGAGAGCGUGCACGCACGUGUGCAGCAGAAGGACGGCCGGUGGCUGCGAAGAAUUCUGAAGCUUGUAUUGUUCAAAUCUGGGCUAUUCUUCCAGCGCUGUGCAAUUACCCAUCGGACACUGCACGAUCUUUCCGUCUUCUCGCAAAGGCCAUAGGUGAUGCUCUGCUGAAGGAACCGGAGCUACGGGGGUCUAUUUGCAGCAGUCUGCAGAUUUUGAUUAAUCAAAAUAAGAAAGCACGUGGCGAUCCUGGGCUGAAUAACGAAGAAGAUGCUGAGGAGGAAAAGGUGUCUGAUGCUGACGGAAAGCCGCUGACUGCGGCAGAAGAGCGAGCAAGGGCUCUUCAUACACCUGAGGUUGUGUCGGCGAAUCUUGCAGCUAUUGGAGCUUUUGCCCGGAACUUUUUGCCACUGCUUUUUAAUGUCUUCAUCUCAUUGGAACCUGAGAAGAGGGCCUUCUUGCAGCAAACAAUUGAUGCAUUUGCUUCAGUGGCGGAUCCUGCGACCAUCAAGAGUUUUUUCAUGUCGGUCAUGGAGAAGCUCGUGGAAGCUCUGAAAGAGGCAGCAAGUGCAAAGACGGCAGCAGAUGGAGACGCUGCGAUGCAGGUUGAUGGUGAAAGUAAUAAGGCAGAGAUUGCAACGACACGAAGGUGCACCUUCAUGGAGUUGGCUGUGUCACUGGUACAAGGCUUAGAUGAUGAAUCGCUGCAUGUUCUCUAUAGGACGGCGAGGGUGGGAAUCCAGGACUCUGAUUUCAGUGUGCAGAAAAAGUCAUACAAGCUGCUGGCCAAGAUGUACGAGCUGAAAGGUGCCUUCAUGGCAUCGCUCACUCAAGAUAUGUUGGAGGCGUUGCUGGCUUCCCUAGGAGUCUGCCAUUCCACUGCCCGAAGAGGGCGCCUCAUUUGUGUGCAGCAUGUAGUUAUUAACCUCAUCAAGAGGAAGGACCCGCAGGCAUCGGACGCGUUGGCAACGCUGAUAAGUGAAGUUAUACUUGCUACAAAAGAGAACAAUGCAAAGACACGCAUCACGGCAUUUGAUAUCAUAUUGAACAUUGGCAAAAGUACAGAGGAAGUGGGUGGCCCCGAUCAAGGCGGCGGAAAUCUUCAGCGAUUCUUUACAAUGGUGGUCGGUGGUCUUGCUGGUACUACUACACGAAUGGUCAGCUGUUCAGUCAUGGCACUGGCACGCCUUCUGUACGAGUUUUCAACACGACUUUCACAUACUGUGCCACAGCUGCUUCCAACUGUUCUUCUCCUGCUUCGGAGUAAGAGUCGUGAAAUUGUCAAGGCCGUGCUGGGAUUUGUCAAAGUGGUUGUAAUGAGACUGCCUGGUACAGAGUUGGAACCACAUUUAGGAACAAUGAUCGAGGGCCUAACUGUUUGGUCAGAUGACACGAAGAACCACUUCAAAGCAAAGGUCCGCCUUAUCUUUGAGAUGCUGUUGAAGAGGUGUGGGUACGAUGCCAUUGCGGCAGUCAUGCCUGAAGAACACAUGAAGCUGCUUACAAAUAUCCGCAAGAGUAGGGAUAGAGCUGAGAGACACCGAAAGGAGGGGAGAAGUGUUGCAGGUGAUGGAGCGCAAUCAAUGAAGUCGAGGGCCACAACUGCCAGGUAAGGACGCAUGGUGCACCAUCGGAAUAUCAUGUGCUGUUUUGCA